CUCUCACGCCUGCGCAGUCCCUUCCAGCGGCGCCAUUGCGGGUGGCGGUGCUUGUCCGGCCUUCCCCGCUCCCUCUUUCCUUCCCGCCCCUUCCUCCCCCACACGAAGCAUGGCGACGGACUCCUGGGCGCUGGCCGUGGACGAGCAAGAAGCGGCCGCGGAGUCGUUGAGUAACCUGCAUCUGAAGGAAGAGAGACCCAAACUAGAAUCCAAUGGUGCUGUUGUUAAGACAGAAUAUAAUGCAGAGAAGACAGAAGAAGAGGGGAAAGGUGCUGUUGUUAAGACAGAAGAUAAUUCAGAGAAGGCAGAAGAUGAGGGAAAAGAGGACAGAGCAGCCCAGUCACUGUUGAACAAGUUGAUCCGUAGCAACCUGGUGGACAACACAAAUCAAGUGGAGGUGCUGCAGAGGGAUCCCACCUCACCUCUCUACUCUGUGAAGUCUUUUGAGGAGCUGCGGCUGAAGCCACAACUGUUACAGGGUGUCUACGCCAUGGGUUUCAACAGACCAUCCAAAAUCCAGGAGAACGCCUUGCCUAUGAUGUUGGCAGAGCCCCCUCAGAACCUGAUUGCGCAGUCUCAGUCUGGUACCGGCAAGACAGCGGCAUUUGUGUUGGCCAUGCUUAGCCGAGUAGAACCUGAGAACAGGUACCCACAGUGUCUGUGCCUUUCCCCAACGUACGAGCUGGCGCUCCAGACCGGGAAGGUGAUUGAACAGAUGGGCAAGUUUUAUCCAGAGCUGAAUCUCUCCUACGCGGUUCGGGGCAAUAAAUUGGAGCGUGGUCAGAAGAUUUCCGAGCAGAUCGUCAUCGGCACCCCAGGCACUGUCCUGGACUGGUGCUCCAAGUUGAAAUUCAUCGACCCCAAGAAGAUCAAAGUCUUCGUCUUGGACGAGGCAGACGUCAUGAUAGCCACCCAAGGACACCAAGAUCAGAGCAUCCGUAUUCAGAGGAUGCUGCCCAGGGACUGCCAAAUGCUCCUCUUCUCGGCCACCUUCGAAGACUCCGUGUGGAAAUUUGCAGAGAAAGUCGUUCCCGACCCCAACAUCAUCAAGCUGAAGCGCGAGGAAGAGACGCUGGACACCAUCAAGCAGUAUUACGUCCUGUGCAACAGCCGCGAGGAGAAGUUCCAGGCCCUAUGUAACAUCUAUGGCGCCAUCACGAUCGCACAAGCCAUGAUCUUCUGUCACACUCGCAAAACGGCAGGCUGGCUAGCAGGUGAGCUUUCCCGGGAAGGCCACCAAGUGGCCCUCUUGAGCGGCGAGAUGAUGGUGGAGCAGCGAGCAGCGGUGAUCGAGCGUUUCCGAGAAGGCAAAGAGAAAGUCCUGGUGACCACAAAUGUCUGUGCCCGAGGGAUCGAUGUGGAGCAGGUCUCUGUCGUCAUCAACUUCGACCUCCCAGUGGACAAAGACGGGAACCCCGACAACGAGACGUACCUUCACCGCAUCGGGCGCACGGGGCGCUUUGGCAAGCGGGGCCUGGCCAUCAACAUGGUGGACAGCAAGCACAGCAUGAAUAUCCUCAACAGAAUCCAAGAGCAUUUCAACAAGAAGAUCCAUAAACUGGACACAGACGACUUGGAUGAAAUAGAGAAAAUAGCUAAUUGAAGUGCAGCUGCCAGAACUGGCACACGCCCUCCCACGGUAGCUCUCCUACUACGAUUGGAUCAGCAUUCUGAUUGGCACAGACCUUAGCCAGUCACACGCAAAGGGACGUUUUUAAAGAUAACAAAUAUACAGAAAUUACCUCAUCUUAAAAAAAAAAAAUGUGGCUGGACUUGAUUUUAAAACAAAGUGCAACUCUGGGGAAAAAAAGAAAUGUUUACAGAAACUUUUUUUUUUUAGUUUAGCCUUAAAAUGGGAAACUCUUAAAUUUUAAAGAUGUACUGAUGCCAAAAACAUAGCUGGUUCACAUAGGAGAAUAUAUCCCCUGCAUUAUCUCUGUCAGCAGGGAGUAACUUUUUAAAAACACACCCAAGCGGUAUAUUUAAAGGUUCAAAAACCCAGGAGUAAGGAGGUCACCUUUCUAUUCAAACAACAGAGAGCAGAGUCUGACUAAAAAUGGAAGACUUAAGGAAAUUGCGUUUUCAGGUUGAGCUCUCGGUCCUAGAUUUCUGGCAGGCUGCCUGCUUUUUUUCUCAGGCAAAUGAUCUGAAAGGAUUGCUUUUUGCUGGUAAGCACAACUGACUGAUUUGAAAGCUAGCUUUCCCUGAAAGGACAAGAGCCCGGCGCAAGUCAGGAUGGGGCGGUCCAUGAAUUUAAUAAAUAAAUGAUAAACUUGCGAAGUUCCUGCAGUUGCCUUGCAGGACUCCAGUUCCCAGAGAUCCUUGAGGGGAAAUCAUAGCAAUUGACACUUGAGUUGCAAAAGUUCAUAGUUACCAGAGGGUACCUAGAAAAACAUAGUCACCAGGGGUACCUAGAAAAACAGAUUUCAAUUGGUGUAGUGAUGGGAAGUGUAAUAUGUAGUGGAAUGGACAUUUAGAUUAAAGAUGUAUUUUAACUUUGCUGUACCAAAUAGACGAUCUGCAAGGGAAGUGCUGGGUCAACCAGGGAAAGGGGGAGGUAGAAAGCCUCAGCCAAUCUGUCCAGGCUCUUGUUGGUUAGGAGACCAUCUAGUAUUGCUGGGAAGUCAACACUUUGCGGCAAGGGGUGUGUGUUUGAAGAAGUGGGGGGAAGUGUGUGGAUGAUUCAGCCCCUCUCGACAAAUCUGUUCCUGCAGCUCCCAGCUUUGAGGUGGGAGGGACGUCACAGCUCAGCGCUAUAACAGUUUUGCCACCGCUUUUAUAGCCCACCCAAAUUUCUCUCUCCUGUCCAAAGAUAUUGACUCAAACACGCCAGCUCCCCUCACUUGCUUGAACCACAGCGUAGAGACCCAGUGGCUCAUAGUGCAAGGGUGAAGGGAAACAGGAGGCAGUUGGUGUAGAUGAAGCUAGCUUAUUAGCUAGUUCUUUACAAAACAUUUUGGUCCUGAGCAUGUUUUUUCUCUCAAAAGGAGACGUCGAUUUGCUUUCUGUUUAAGUGGGCAUCAGGUUUUUAUUUCUGCAACGCCGCUUUCGUCAGAGCAGCUCUGAACGUUGGAGGGCUACCCACCAAGCACUGUUGUUGGGUAGCCCUCAUGCAGCCUUGAAUAGCGGUCCCUCAAGCAAUACUGCUUGGUUGAACAUGCCUGGUCUUUAAGGGACUGCUGGACUCAAACUAGUCAACUGGUGUGUGUGUGUGUGGGGGGGGGUGCUUUUACCUGCAAGAGGCCAGUGGUGGUUGUGCUGACCAAGAUCUUUCAGUGGGUCACACUGCCUGUACAAAGCAUGGCUUUGGGUCUCUCUGCUCGACUCCAUCAGUUCCGCUGCCUGCUGGUUGGAAAUCCAUCUGCUUCCAUCUUGCCUGUGCUUCAGUAAACCCCAGCACAGAUUUUUUUUUUUUAUCACUGUGGGUCUUCCAGUUCCUGUGUAGCAGUCUUUGAUGCACAACAAAGGUCUGGAUUACCCUCUGAUUUCCACCCUUCCCUCUCCUCCCCGCCCCCCCCCCCCAGUGUUUUUCUCACCGAUGACUGAGAAUCGGAGCAGCUAACAAACUCUUUGCUCCAAAGACUCCCCUCCCUCUAACCUUUUCCAAUUUUGGCUGCUAAGUUGUUCUGUUCAAAGACAGAAUUGUGGAUUCUUUUUACCGAGUAAAACAAAACCGAACCCACACACACAGGCAGAAAAGCUUAUUUUAAAAAAAAUGUACCUAAAAUUUUAGGAACCUUAACGGCAAUCUUUUUAUCAAUUUGUGUAAAUGGCUUUCAGGGGGUGGGGUGAAGGAAGUUUGGGGGAAAAAAUUCCACAAAUUUUGUAUUCUGAGGUGUAUCUAUUUUUAUUCUGCUGGAAGCCUCUCUUGAGUGGCAGGUGAGUGUAUGCUUGUGUGCUGAGCGGCAGAGGGCCUUCAGAAUCCCCCCUCCCCUUAGUACCGCUGAGCGACAAUGUGAGACCAGCGUGUGCCGGCUUUGAAAUGGUUGCACGGACGCUGCUGGGCCAGUGUACUCUUUCAACUUUUCAAUUGGAAUAAAAGAAUACAGAAAUAACUGCAA